AUGAACAGAACUGGUAUAAAUGACGGAAGACGGGUAUACCUGGUAUCUAGUAUAGGAAAAUCGAAACGCAGCCAAGGUGGAUCACCAAGCUCGAAAUCCCGCCAUUCACACAAGGACACCGAGUCUCAAAAAUCCUCACACCAUUCUUCAAGUGACAGUCGCAACAAAAAGAGACGAGACCACCAGAAGCGAAAACGAGACUUGGAAGAGGGUUUCGAGACCGAAGAAGUGGAAGAGGAAAGGAGUAGAGCCACUUGCGUUGUUGUAGCCAUCAGCACGACGAUUAUUGUCAUUGCAGUGAUGCUGGUUGUAUUGACUCUUUAUUUUACGCCACAUUUUGUAGAGGAAGAAAACAGUUACUAUUGCUGUAAUAAUACGGAGGAUCUCUUCCACACUCUACCAAAGCAUUGACAUUUAGUUAAAGCUGUGGAGGAAUUUAUUCGAUGACUGUUAAUUUGGUGCAAAAAAUUGAGUCCAUGUCUAGAGCUUAAUGUUGUAUAUUCUUUAAUAGCUCUGAAUAUAGACGUAAUUAUCUUUUACAACAUUUUGGAUAUAUAGGAAUUGAAGUCGAAGCAUACGAACUUCAUGAAAAGUAAACUUUGUUUCAAGGUCUCCUAACCAACUGUACGUUUUUGAUCCAAGAAUACCCAUACUGAUCCAGGAAUUCUGCAUCUAUGCAAACUAAACAUUUUUAGUUAAAUUUACAAUUAGUACAAUUUAAAACAUUUUUUAAAUUGUUUUUUAAAUCUGAUUACUUAUUGAUAUUUUAAUGAUGAGAUACGAAUUCCUAAAAUAAGAAAUAUUAAUUAUAUAUUCUAGGAUUUAGAAAUGCAAAAGAAAGAAACUGCAUUGUCAGUAUAUUAUCGCAGUUUAAAAAUUAGUAGAAAAAGUGAAUCUUAAAAAUAUUUUCUUGCAUCCUUUGAAAUUGUAAUUUUAUUCUCAUAUUUGAAUCCUUAUGUAUUAUGUGUUAGAUAUUAUUUAUUUAAG